UAAUAUUCAGAGUCAAUCACUUUUCAACAAGUGGGCUUGUAGACUAGGAAUAGAAUAGCUUCGAUUGAGUUCUUUUCUUUCUUUCAGACAUCGAACUGUGUUCGCUGAAGGCUCAAAGCGUUUAAAUGGUGAGCAUUUUAUGACACGUGGAAGCUUUUUGUAUGAUUUUGAUAAGUUUUUUUUCUUUCUUUCUAGUCAGGCAAACGCGUCGCCGGGAAACAUGCGGCAAUAGGCUGCACCUGCGACGCAUUUGUUUGAUCUGAGGCCAUUCUGAUUUUCGACUAUUUUACGCGUAUAUUUAACCGCAACGACAAGACAACAAUGAUGUAUAGCAUGAUGGAGCAUGAACUUAAAACUUCAUCAGGUCAACAGAAUUCGCAUUCGAACAGCCAAGUAAUGUCUCCAGACAGUGCGUCUGGAAACGUACACCCAGGUACGAAAUCUGCUUGUUCAUCAGGUGUGGACCCAAUGGACAAGGUAAAGCGGCCUAUGAACGCUUUUAUGGUUUGGUCCCGAGGUCAGCGACGGAAAAUGGCACAAGAAAACCCUAAAAUGCAUAAUUCCGAGAUCAGCAAACGUCUGGGUGCAGAGUGGAAACUUCUGACGGACGCAGAAAAGCGUCCGUUCAUUGAUGAGGCGAAGCGUCUGCGGGCUGUCCAUAUGAAGGAAUAUCCUGAUUACAAAUAUAAACCUCGCCGUAAAACCAAGCCACUCCUGAAAAAGGAAAAUCCAGUGAACAAGUACCCACUCUCGGCCGGCAACCUGUUGCCACCGGGACAAGGAGGGAGCCCGAGAAUGGAGAGUUACGGCUGGGGUCACACGGGAGGAUAUGCGGGCAUGCAGAGCGAGGCACUCGGCUAUCCGCAGCAACUUCACCGCUACGAUCUCUCUGCUCUCCAGUAUCCUACGGCUAUGUCAGCAGCACAGACUUACAUGAAUGGCGCAAACUCUUAUAGCCCAAUGCCGUACAGCGGUAGUCCCCAGCAGCCAAGCCCGGUAAUGUCCAUGGUCAAGCCUGAGCCGUUGCCCCACUCCCCCACUGGAGCCGCUACACACCAUCGCGGGGCCAUUCAGGGUGACCUUAGGGACAUGAUCAGCAUGUAUAUCCCUGGAGGGGACAUAGGGGAUCCUGCAGCCCAGAGAGGUUAUCCCAGCGUCCAGCAGCACUAUCUGGGCAGUACUGUGCCGCUCACGCACAUAUGAGGUGGGAGGAAAAUGACUAGAAUUAGCUCAGCUGGGUCAUUACAUGGGCUUGCCAUGCAACGAGUAAUCCGUAUGGAUUCUUGAAUGUUCUGAGCCGCUGUUGCACACGAUCAUUUUCUACCUCUUGUUUUGGAGC